UUACAACAAACAUACUCCAAAACCGUUUCCCUUUUAUACCAACAUUGUUCUAGUUCCCGUUGCUGAAGAAACUCAUCAAUGGCUGAGAAGAGCAAGAUUUUGGUGAUAGGAGGAACCGGCUACAUCGGAAAGUUCAUUGUUGAAGCCAGUGCGAAAGAGGGUCACCCCACUUUCGCUUUAGUCAGAGAGACCACCCUCUCCGACCCCGUUAAGGGAAAGAUCAUCGACGACUUCAAGAACUUAGGGGUCCAGUUGUUGAUCGGAGAUCUUUACGACCAUGAAAGUUUGGUGAAGGCAAUAAAGCAAGUCGAUGUGGUGAUUUCGGCGGUGGGGCAAAUGCAGAUAGCAGAUCAAGUUAAGAUCAUUGCUGCCAUUAAAGAAGCUGGGAAUGUCAAGAGAUUCUUGCCGUCCGAAUUCGGAACGGACGUGGACCUGAAUAAGGCGAUUGAGCCGGCAAAAUCAGCAUUCGGAAUCAAGGCUCAAAUCCGUCGUGCUGUCGAGGCUGAAGGGAUCCCAUACACUUAUGUGCCUGCUAACUGCUUUGCAGGCUUCUUUGUUCCUACUUUGGCACAGCCAGGAGCCACCUCUCCUCCAAGAGACAAGGUGGUUAUCCUAGGCGAUGGAAAUCCCAAAGCUGUUUUCAACCAUGAAGCCGAUAUCGGAACCUACACCAUCAAAACCGUGGACGACCCGAGAACGUUGAAUAAGACCUUGUUCAUCAAGCCUCCCAGAAACACCUACUCAUUCAACGAGCUAGUCGCCCUGUGGGAGAAACUGAUAGGCAAAACCCUUGAGAAAACAUAUGUUCCAGAGGAACAACUGCUCAAACAGAUCCAAGAGUCUCCAAUUCCAUUCAAUAUUCUGUUGGCUAUCAGUCACUCCAUCUUUAUCAACGGUGACGGUACCAACUUCGAGAUCAAACCAUCCAUCGGGUUCGAAGCUUCUGAACUAUACCCUGAAGUGAAAUACACCACUGUGGAAGAAAUCCUCAGUCGUUUUGUUUGAGAAAAGCUAGAAAUCAAAUCGGACCUUGUUAUUGAACUAAUAAUUCAGAAACCGUCACUGAAGGAUUUGGGCCAAGGGCUUUCGGAUUCUCUGUUGGUGUGUGUGUUCAUAAGUUUAUCAUUACUAUCACUGAACAUAAAGCGAACCAUGCUGUUGUCGUUGUGUCUUUUUUUAUGUUGAUUGUGGGAAGAAAGGAAGAA